CACCAAGUUUCCCGAUCCCUCCCCCUCAGCGGUAGAGAAACGCGCCGCCGCCUCUUGAAAUUCGCAGCAGCAGCCCGACAUCAAAUUGCUUAGGUUGCUUGUUGAUAAGAAGAUGGCAACUGAUGCUGGACUCGAGAAUCUCGUUGAUCAAAUAAUUUCAGUUAUCACAAAUGACGGGCGGAAUAUUGUGGGAGUUCUGAAAGGAUUUGACCAGGCUACCAACAUAAUCCUCGACGAAUCUCAUGAGCGGGUUUACUCCACCAAGGAAGGUGUGCAGCAACUUGUCUUGGGGCUUUAUAUCAUACGCGGUGAUAACAUAAGCAUCGUUGGAGAACUAGAUGAAGAGCUAGAUGCAAGUUUGGACUUGUCGGCGCUUAGAGCUCAUCCUUUGAAGCCGGUUAUCCACUGAUAUCUAUCGUCUUACGAGCAUAUUGUAAUGAACACAAAAUACUGUUAAGAAUUGUAUGUUAGCUAGAGAGAGCAGGAGAGAGAAGAAAAUAUGAGGAAGUGAUUCUGACAUUUUGUACUUAUAAUUAACCACUAUGCUAUCUAUAUUUUUGUGCUUUGCCUUA